GAUGCAGCAUGCUCGAAACAUAUAUAAAGGGGUCCAGAGAUGGGCUUGACAUUGCUGGGCCUCGAUACAAGCUUCUCAUCCACUUUUGGUGUGAAUAUCACUACUCCGCUCCACUACACUGCACCGCGCACUCCGUUUGGCAGACCCUGACUCACGAUGUCUGGCAUCACUCAACCCACUGCUGGUCCUUCGGACCGUCGCGAGUCCGUCCAGACUUCCGGUCACAACAGUACCGCAACGACUACAGCUGGCGAGCAGGAUGCAGAGAGCGGCAAGGCUGGAGAGAAACCAUCCAGCACUGGCGAGCUACCACUGCUCCGCACUCUACCUAUCCUUUGUCUGCUCAUCCUCAGUCUCUUCCUCGUCUCGUUGGACCGCACCAUCAUCGGCGUGGCCAUCCCACGUCUGACGGAUGACUUUCAUUCUCCCAACGACAUCGGAUGGUACGGCUCAGCAUACAUGCUCACCAAUGCCAGCUUGCAGCUCAUCUUUGGUCGUCUUUGCAAACAUAAUCCCGUCAAACCGAUCUUCUUGUCCGCCAUGUUCAUCUUUGCGGUCGGAUCGGCUGUAUGCGGAGCUACGCCCAACUCGGUCGGCUUAAUCCUCGGUCGUGCUAUUGCAGGUGCCGGUGCGUCUGGCAUUCUGCAAAGCGCCUUGCAGAUCAUCUUGCACAUCGUCCCGCUGCACAAACGUCCGAUGAUCAUGGCCAUGUUUGGCGUCGUCAUUGGUGCCUCGAGUGCUCUCGGACCGCUCAUUGGGGGAGCUUUCACCCAAAAAGUCUCCUGGCGCUGGUGCUUCUACAUCAAUGUGCCCUGCGCGGCCCUUGCCAUACUCAUCGUUGCGCUUCUCCUUCGGCCAGAAGAUGUCGACGAUGGAAAGCGUCAAAACCUGAAGUUUUUCGAGCAGAUCAAGCAGCUCGAUCCUCUCGGCUUCAUCCUCAUCGUCCCAGCCACCGUCGCUUUACUUCUCGCCUUGCAAUUCGGAGGAUUUGCCUACGCGUGGAGCAACGCCAGAGUCGUUGCUCUGCUAGUCAUCUUUGGCGUCUUCUUCUUAGCCUUCGUUGCUUCGCAAUGGUACGCUGGAGACAGAGCUCUCAUUCCGCCUCGCGUCUUCCUCCAACGAACCGUGUACGGUUCUCUGUGGUACACCUUUUGCUUGGCGGGUUCCAUGAAUGUCGCCAUCUAUUACAUUCCCAUUUGGUUUCAAGCUGUGAAGCAGUCGGAAGCGCUCCACUCCUCAUAUCAAACCCUGCCAGUGAUCCUGAGUCUCGUUGUCGCCUCGAUCUUGUCAGGAGCCGCCGCUCGACGGACCGGUCAUUUUGGACCUCAAUUGGUCGCGGCACCCGUCCUGGCAUCUGUGGGAAUGGGUCUCAUCAGCCUGUGGACGACAGGUACAGCCCAUCCCGAAUGGAUCGGCUUCCAAGUUCUUUACGGCUUUGGCAUUGGCUUGGGAAUGCAAAGCCCAUCGCUCGCUUUGCAAUCGAAUGUUGAUCCUCAAGACUUGCCUUUGGCUCUAGCUUCCAACUUCUUCAGCCAGCAAAUGGGGGGUGCCAUCUUCGUGUCCGUCGCACAGAAUUUGCUGGCCAACAAGCUGAAGAGCACGCUGGCGGGCGUCGAAGGCUUGAACGCUAGCGUGCUCGCCAAAACCGGCGUGACCGAGCUAGCAAAGAUGGUCCCUGCAUCUCUCCUACCUACUAUCAUCAAUGCGUACAACGUCGCGCUGCGAGACGUGUGGUACGCGGGCUUGGGUACAGCAUGCGCCAUCGUCCUUGCGCUUCCCUUCAUCAAGUGGCAGAACCUGAAAAAGGUCAGCGAGCAACAACGCCUGGCUCAGGAUGCUGCCAAGCAAGAUGCCGAAAAGACGCAAGAGGCUUGACCUUGUUGUCCUUGCCCACGAGACCUUGAGGAUAAAUGUCCUCAAACCUCACCACUCUGGAUUGAUCACGAGCGCCAAGUACCCGAUUGUAGCAACAACAGCUAUUAGAAACAUUAUUGUCGGUCGCUUGCGUACCUUGAUUGUGAUCAGAUGGAGUGGAAAGUCCUGCCAAGCGUGGCAGUGACGUUGACACCGCCCCCACCCGGUUGCUUGGCGCUUCAAGACCCUGCGCGAAGAAGCGUGCCAAGAGAGUGCGGGGACGUCUUUGAAAGUCAGACGCGCCCGGAAGCCACGGACGUUGUGUGUCAAAUACAAAAAAAAUCAUGUCAAGACAGU